UCUACUCGUUGGCUUCUAGCUCUUGUUAAUUACUCAGGAUUAGUAGUGGUAAUACUAUUAGUGGUGUGAUUAGUAGUACUAUUAGCGGUGUGAUUAGCGAGAGGAAGAGGUGAUUAGUUGAUUUUGGCGGGAGUGGCGAUGAGAAGUGGCGGGAGCGGUGGUGGCAAGCUGGCGAGCUGGCUAUGGCGGGCGCCGCGGCGGGCGCUGGGCCGGGCGCGAGACCUGUACGUGCGGAGCAUCACCGGCUGCGCCGGCCACCUCCCGCCGGACGCGGCCUUCGGGUACGGCUACCCGGCCUUCGCCGCCCCGGCGACGCCGGCCAUGUCGAGGAGCAGCAGCCUCGCGUCGUCGUCGGCGUCGUCCCGCUUCGCCGGCGGCGAGGAGGACAUGAGGGAGCUGAUACGCGCCGCGUCGCAGCGGCUGGCGGCGGAGCGCGCCGCGGCCGCGGAGCCGGCCACCGUGCCCCGGAGCCAGAGCGUGGCCAUGGCGAGGAUCGACGAGGACCGGCCGUGCGAGUUCGGCGGCGCCGGGUUGGUGGUGUUCCCCAGGAGCCAGAGCUGCGCCGUCGGCGCCGGCCGCGUCGGUAGACGGCGGGGGAGGGUGGCGGCCAUGGCAUGAACAUCCGCCGCCGCCGCCGGCGAUUCUUGCAUGCGGUGAGCCGUAGAAGGAAAUCAAGGGCACGACACGAACACGAAGCGUUCUUGUUCCAUCUUCUCCGUCUUUUUUCUUCAAUCUGCUCCAGAAAUUUGCAGCUGUGUGCUCUGUAUUUUUUGUACUUCUUUUUACCGCUAUUGAUCUUUAUUCAUUUUUCCACUAGAUUGUUCAUUUUCAUCUGUAAACCAAGACCAAAAAAUUUACUCGUAUGGUUGGCUCGAAUCUCGAUUGAGAUCGAGGUAAAAAAGGAGUGUUCUUUCGGGUUGUUUUUUUAGGUAGAUUUCGUUCGUUUUCUUUUUUUUCCUUAAAAAAGGUAGAUUCCGUCGGCCGUGCAUGCGAUCCUAUCCUUGUGUCGUUUCUGUUGAAUAAUUCAUCCGGAGUGCUACGCAGAGUCAAAUCCCAUUUUAAACCGGUCAAAGGCUCACGAACCUCUCGGAAACCGAUCG